CUAGUGUUGAAAGAGGAUAAGCAGGAGAGGAGUGCAAAAGAGGUUGAGUUGGCGCAUAAUGAAGAUGACAAGGGGAUUAAAGACAUUGACCCGACAAAAAACGAAGAUAGUGUAGAACCACUUGACUCCCAGAUUGUGGUAUACACAGGGGACACAACCUCGCUGGUGGUUGAGCGCAUGCCAAAACGACAGUCCAAACGUCCAAAAAGAUUCACCUUCUCUGGGCCCCGAAAAGAUAAAAGGAGGAAAGGAGAAAAAGGAAAGGAGCAAGAUAUAGGUGAUGAUGUGUGGCAUGCAAUAAUGGGCCUAUUUAGUUUAGAUCCUUCACAAAUGCCAACUGCAGAAAUGCUUCAAAAAACAGCAGAAAUCAUGCAUGAAGGACUAAUUAAAAACCACAAAAAGAGCAAGGAGAAGAAAUACAAGGCAUGAUAUGAUGGCUUAAAGAUCACAUGCGUGAAAGGAGGAUUCGGGGAUGGAAGCAUUGAUAGGAAGUCAUGGUACUGCACGAUUUACUUCUCAGGGAAUUGGUUAGGUGACACGCAUGUGGAGAGAAGGAUGUAUUUCUUAAGGAUGAAAGAUGAACAAUACAAGCUCCGUCAGAAAUUCACGACAACAGACCCUAUGUUUAUGACUUUAGUGAAACAGCAUUACGAGAACCACAUUAACAAUGACACGCCAGUGUCAGAAAGUGCUUUAAAUAAGAAUAUAAUGGGUACCAUACUUGGGACACAUUUGGACUACGCACUGCCAUGGGCUGAAUCGGA